GCGAACACAUCGGAGCAUUGAGUUCGAAUCAAGCAAUCAAGCGAUAACAAGCUUACAAGCGCUCUAUAGCAAUUCACAACUGCCUUCAAUUUAUCAACAUGUCUCUGUUACCGUACAUUCUCGGCUACGACAUGCCACGUGUUCGCCACAGCCACUGGCCCAGCCGCCUUCUGGAUCAAGAUUGACUGGCGUUGACACCGGACAGCCUGCUGACCGCCGUGGCCUCGCCGCUCAUCUCUGAAGACUACUACAGACCCUGGAGGCAGCUCGCCGCGGCUACCCGGGACAUCGGCUCCAGCAUCAAGGCCGACAAAGACAAGUUCCAGGUGAAUUUGGAUGUGCAGCACUUCGCCCCUGAGGAGAUCUCUGUCAAGACCGCUGACGGGUACAUCGUGGUUGAAGGCAAGCAUGAGGAAAAGAAAGACGAGCAUGGAUACAUCUCUCGUCAGUUCGUGAGGAGGUACGCGCUGCCUGAAGGUUGCACUCCCGAGACGGUGGAGUCGAAGCUGUCUUCGGACGGCGUGCUCUCCGUCACUGCGCCGCGGAAGGUUCCAGAAGCCGUCCAGGGCGAGAGGAAGGUGCCCAUCACCCAGACAGGCCCGAUUCGCAAGGAGAUCAAGGACCAGAACGAGGGAACCGAAGAAAGAAAGAGUAAAGCUGGCUUUACUCCGGUAUAUUUGCUUUAAUUCCAAAAUAUUGGCUAUGUAAGACUGAAUCUUUCUGUACCUCCUAAGAUUAUGUUAAUUAUUUAAUUUAAUAAAUUUUAUUUCAUUCCUA